CGGCCCAGGCGCUGGAGGGGGGCGGGGGAGCGGGGCCGGGGCCGUGUGGACGGCGGGCGCGGGGAGCCGAGGCUGAGCCAUGAGCGGCUGAGCGGGACGGCCCGACGCCUUCGCGCCCAGCAUGGCCGUGGCGUGGCUGUGGGGCAGCCUGUGCUGCCUCCUGGCCGGGGUGGCCUGGGCCGCCAACUUCCCGCCCCGCUACAGCCUCUACACCGGGGGGGCCGUGCCCCUGAGCCAGGGCCCGGCCCCCGCUGCCCAGGGGACCCCGCAGGCACAGCCGGGCGCCCGGGCCGCCAGCCGGCACAGGAACUGGUGCGCCUACGUGGUGACGCGCACGGUGAGCUGCGUGGUGGAGGACGGCGUGGACACCUUCGUCAAACCCGACUACCAGCCCUGCGGGUGGGGGCAGCUCCAGUGCCCGCGCAUUGUGACGUAUCGCAGUUACCUGAGGCCCCGCUACAAGGUGGCCUAUAAGACGGUGUCGGACCUGGAGUGGAAAUGCUGCCACGGCUACUCGGGUGACGACUGCCUGGAGGGGCCGGCCCAGGGUCCCCCUCUCACCACCACCCGCCCGCGCCCCAGGCCCGGACGCCCCACGCUCUCCGGCUUUGGGAACCCCCUGAGCGGCCUGGGCGGAGAAGGCCGGGGAGAUGCGGAGAAGGUGAAGCAGCUGGAGGAGAAGGUGCAGACCCUGAGCAAACAGCUGCAGGACCUGCAGGCCACCACGGAGAAGCUGCUGCAGGAGGGGAGCAGGGCGGUGGAGCUCUCGCUCAAUGGGAAGCAGCCGGCCGACGCGGCCGCCCAGCCCGAGAUGCAGGAGACCCUCAACAAGAUCCAGAGGCAUCUGCAGCACCUGGACAACCGGAUCUCCAGCCACGACGCCGAGCUGACCAACCUCAGCAACGGGCAGGGGCCGGGGCCCCCGCAGGGAGGGGCCCUGCUCCUGCAGGAGGUGGAGCGGCGGCUGCAGGAGUCCUGCGCCUCCUGCCUGGCGGGCAGCGAGGGCCUGCGGCGGCAGCAGGCCGAGGACCGCGAGCGCAUGCGGGGCCUGGAGAAACUGAUCAGCUCCGUGGACCAGCGGAACCGGGAGGCGGUGGAGAGCAUCCAGCGGCACGUCAGCGGCCUGGCGGGGCGCCUGCCCAAGGACUGCUGCUCCCAGCUGGACGAGCUGCGUGGCCGGGUGGGCGAGCUGGAGCGGAGGCUGGGCGGCGUCUCCGGCUCCUUCACCAUGCUCAACGAGCGCCUGGACCACGAGCUGGCUAGUCUGGCGGGGGCGGGGGCGGGGCAGGGCGGGCAGGUGCUGGAGGGCCGGCUGGCGGAGAUGGAGAGGCGCCUGAACGCCACCCAGCGCAGCCUGGAGCAGCACUUCGCCCAGCGGCAGCCCCACCUGCACAGCCACCUGGUGGGGGAGCUGAGCAGGCGGCUCAGCGGGGCCGAGGGGGAGCUCGCCAAUGUGGCCGGCCAGCUGAGCGGCUUCCAGGGCCACGUUCACCAGGCCCUGGCCAACCUGAGCCAGGACGUGGAGACGCUGAAGGACAGCGUGGCUCAGAGUGUGGCUGUGGUGACGGAGCUGCAGGGCCAGGGUGUGGGGUGCAGCCAGCCCUGCCCCACGCCCCACGACCCCUCUCUGGGCAGCCAGGGCUCGCAGAUCAGCACCAUCCUCAGUGACCUGGAGCGCCGGGUGCAGGAUAACGAAGGGCAGCUGCGCACCCUGGGCUCCAAUCUGCACCAGCUCAGCAGCUCCGGGGCCGGGCUGGCCGGCUCCGUGCGGGCCCUGCAGGCCGAGGGGAAGAAGCUGCGGGAGCUGGUGGGGGCGAACGGGGAGUCACUAGUGCGCCUGGCGGCUGAGAUCGGCAAGCUGGAGACCCAGCUGCUGGGCACGGGGGGCAGCGCCACCGACUCUACCGCCAAGGACCUGACGCUCUUCUUCAACCGCACGGGGGCCCGGCUGGGCCAGCUGGAGGCCGAGCUGCGGGGGCUGAGCGGCGCGGUGCGGGCCGAGCAGCGCGGCUGCAGCCAGGCCUGUGCCGCCCUGCAGGACGAGGUGGGCCGGCUGCGCGGGGAGGUGGCGGCCUGCUCUUGCCCGCUGCUGCCCAGGAAGCCAGAGCAGGGCCGGGAGCCCGUGGAGACCCACAGGCCCCUGGACGGCUUCAGCGUCUUCGGGGGCACGUCGGCCGUGGACCUGAAGUCGCUGCAGGGCGAGCUGUCCGAGGUGAUCCUGAGCUUCAGCUCCCUGAACGACACGCUGCGCGGGCUGCAGAGCACCGUGGACAAGCACCAGACCGACCUGCACGAGCUGGGCUCCACCAAGGACCGCAUCAUCGCCGAGAUCAACAAGGUGCAGGCCGAGGCCACGGAGCGCGCGGCCGAGAGCGAGGAGCGGCUGGAGGGGGUGACGCGCCAGCUGCACCACCUGGGCGGCACGCUGCGGGGCGAGGCCGGGGAGUGCCGGCGCGCGGCCGGCGGCCUGGAGCAGCGGCUGGCCAAGCUGGAGGGCGUCUGCGAGCGGCUGGACGCCGUCUCUGGCAGCCUGCGCAAGGUCAAGGAGGGGCUGAGCAAGCACGUGACGGGGCUGUGGGGCUGCCUGCAGGAGGUGAACGGCACCCUGCGCACCCACGGUGCCCUGCUCAACAAGCUGCAGGACACCCACCUGGGCACCGUCCACCCCCGCCUGGGCGCCCUCAACGCCUCCCUGCUGCGCCUGCAGGGCCAGCUGCACAACCUCACGCGCCAGGACCUGGCAGGGCCCCCCGGCCCACCUGGACCCGAAGGCCCCAUGGGAAGAUCGGGUCCCCCAGGGCCCACGGGCAGGGAUGGAGAACAAGGCCCCGUGGGACCCCCAGGGCUCCCUGGCGAGCAAGGCCCGAUGGGCGGGGUGGCCGCGGUGCCCAGAAUCGCCUUCUCGGCCGCGCUGACGUCCCGGCACGUGGAGCCCGGAACCAUCCCCUUCGACCGGCUGCUGGUGAACGACGGGGACGCCUACGACCCCUACUCCGGUAUCUUCACGGUGCCCGUGGCCGGGCGUUACUUCGUCAGCGCCGUGCUGACGGGGCACCGGGACGAGAAGCUGGAGGCCGUGCUGUCGCGCUCCAACCAGGGCAUCGCCCGCAGCGACUCGGGCGGCUACCAGCCCGAGGGCCUGGAGAACAAGCCCGUGGCCGAGAACCAGCCCAGCCCCGGCUCCCUGGGCGUCUUCAACCUGCUGCUGCGGCUGGAGGCGGGCGAGACGCUCUGCGUGGACCUGGUGACGGGCCGGCUGGCCCACUCCUCCGACGAGCCGCUCACCGUCUUCAGCGGGGUGCUGCUGUACCCGGACGAGGGGGGCGAGGCCGGCUAGUCCCUGCCCCCGGCGCUGCCCCACCCACCCCCUGGCGCGCUGCAUCCUAGGGGUGCAAAGCCAUGACCCAUCAGAGCUGGGGGGCAGGGGCAUUGGCCUGGCCUCUCCGCGGAGCUGCAGGAGACACGGCUCCCUGGCAUGGGGGGCACGAGGGGGCCCACGCCGGCAGCCCACCCCCACGUGCUGCCGCAGCGGGCUCAGGAGGCAGUGAGUGCCCCAUGGAGCCCAGCCCCCCAAGCAGGGCAGCCCUGCCCUGAAUGAGCUGGAGGGGCCCCGGGUCCCUCGCCGCUCCCAGCUACCCCCGGCUGCAGGGGCUCGGGGGGCUCGUGGCCAGGGCACCCCAGGGGCUGGCCAGGGCUGGGGCCUCAGGCGGACGUGUCUCCUGCAGGCCGGCCGGCUGCUGCGGGGGGCUCCAGCGACGCGCCAGGCUGUGACCCCUGGAGGGAUGCCCCAGGCCCGGGGCGCGGGAUCCCCCUCCCCUGAAGCCAGGCCCCUCCUCACCCACAUCGACCGGGCACCUCCCUGUUAUUUAUCAUCCCGUCGCGCCCAUUCAUGUCCUGCUGCCUGCCCUCAGGGGCACCCGCCUGCCACGCCCCUUCUGCACAGCUCACCCGCCAGCCCCUCGCCACCCCCGGGCAGAGAGCCCAGCCGCCCCCACGCCAAGCCCGGAGAGCGCCCGUGGGGCACGCAGCACUGGCGGGGCGGUGCCCAGCCCCCUCCCAGCACCGACGGCACCAGAGACGAGCCGGCGGGCAGCACUGCCCGCUCUGGGCCUGGCUGAGGGAGCUGUGCGGGGAGGGGACCCGUGAACGGCUCUGUGGGCGCUGGUGCCCUACCCUGGCACAGGGGCCAGCUCUGCCCAGGCAUCUAUUUCCUGUAUUAAUAAAGCAACGUCACCGUGUUUUGUA